AUGGGUAGUAUAUACUUAUGCGAGCCAUUUCUAUCGCUCAUCUCAGGACUAAACCUAACAAUGGAUAAUGGAGGGAACUCUUUACCGUCAGGUCCUGAUGGAGUGAAGCGCAAAGUUAGUUAUUUUUAUGAUCCUGAGGUGGGUAAUUACUAUUACGGGCAAGGUCACCCCAUGAAGCCACACAGGAUUCGCAUGACACACGCCCUUCUCGCUCACUAUGGGCUGCUGCAGCAUAUGCAUGUUCUUAAACCCAAUCCUGCUCGGGACAAAGACUUGUGUAGAUUUCAUGCUGAUGAUUAUGUUUCUUUCUUGAGGAGCAUCACCCCUGAAACGCAGCAGGAGCAGCUCAGGCAGCUAAAGAGGUUUAAUGUUGGUGAAGACUGCCCUGUGUUUGACGGCCUCUACUCCUUUUGUCAAACUUACGCUGGUGGUUCUGUUGGUGGGGCCGUCAAGUUGAACCAUGGACAUUGUGACAUAGCUGUCAAUUGGGCUGGGGGAUUACACCAUGCAAAGAAGUGUGAGGCUUCUGGUUUUUGCUAUGUCAAUGAUAUAGUGCUGGCUAUCUUGGAACUUCUUAAAGUGCAUGAGCGUGUUUUGUAUGUCGACAUUGACAUUCAUCAUGGUGAUGGUGUUGAAGAAGCAUUCUACACUACAGACAGAGUCAUGACUGUUUCUUUCCAUAAAUUUGGAGAUUAUUUUCCUGGUACGGGUGAUGUACGUGACAUUGGAUAUGGGAAAGGGAAAUAUUACUCUCUUAACGUUCCCUUGGAUGAUGGAAUUGAUGAUGAAAGCUAUCAGUCCUUGUUUAAGCCAAUAAUGGGCAAGGUGAUGGAAGUUUUUCGUCCUGGUGCUGUUGUAUUACAAUGUGGUGCAGAUUCUCUGUCUGGGGAUCGAUUAGGUUGCUUUAAUCUCUCAAUUAAAGGUCAUGCAGAGUGCGUCAAGUUCAUGAGAUCUUUUAAUGUGCCACUACUUUUGUUGGGUGGAGGUGGUUAUACGAUACGUAAUGUUGCUCGUUGUUGGUGUUAUGAGACAGGUGUAGCACUUGGGAUUGAACUUGAAGACAAGAUGCCUCAACAUGAAUAUUAUGAGUACUUUGGCCCAGAUUAUAAUCUGCAUGUCGCUCCAAGUAACAUGGAAAAUAAGAAUUCUCGUCAUUUAUUGGAAGAGAUCAGAUCAAAGCUUCUUGAUAAUCUUACAACGCUUCAACAUGCCCCAAGUGUCCAGUUCCAGGAGCGACCACCAGAUGCUGAACUCCCAGAGGUGGAAGAUCAGGACGGCGAGGAUGAAAGAAAUGAUCCCAACUCUGACAUGGACGUUGAUGAUGAUCGCAAGCCUAUACCUGGAAGAGUGAAGAGUGAAUUCCUGGAGCCUGAAACAAAAGACAUGGACGAAGAUGGUCGAAACAAGGAUGUGGAUCUGAAAUGA